AUGGCUUCGCCGCCGGAAACCACACCCGUCGAGGUCAAGCCGACCCAAGUACACGCCCACCCUCAACCACAGCCGCAGCUGGAGAAGAGCGACGACACCACCUCGACAGAGGUGGCCACCCACGACCCCAUUGAUGAAAAGGCAUCAGUCGAUAGAGCCUUUGAUGAAAAGACUCUUGACGACGGCGCAGCUGAGAAGCCCGUCGAGAAAAGUCAACAUGAGCCAGCCGCGGAUGCAAACGCGAACGGCUCCGUCGAAGAUGAAUCCAUCUAUCCCAAAGGCCUCAAGCUCACCCUCAUUCUCACUUCAUUGUGCCUCGCCGUUUUCCUCGUCGCCCUCGAUCAGACAAUCAUCGCCCCGGCCCUGGGCGCCAUCACGGCCCAGUACAACUCGGUCGGCGACAUUGGGUGGUACGGCUCUGCCUACCUCUUGACCACGACAGCCCUGCAGCCCCUGUAUGGUGCCAUUUAUAAGCACUUCAACGUCAAGAUCGCCUUUCUCAUCGCCAUCUUCAUCUUUGAGGUCGGCAGCGUCGUCACCGCUGCCGCCCCCACCUCGACCGCUUUCAUCAUCGGUCGUGCCAUUGCUGGCAUUGGCACAGCUGGUCUAUUCUCCGGAUCCAUCGUCAUCCUGUCCUACACCAUGCCGUUGCGUCUUCGGCCCUUGGCAUUCGGCCUCAUCGGCGGCAUGUGGGGCAUCGCCUCGGUAGCCGGCCCUCUUCUGGGCGGUGCCCUGACUGACCAUGCCACCUGGCGCUGGUGCUUCUACAUCAACCUGCCCAUCGGAGGCGUCGCCAUGGCCGUCAUCGUCUUCUUUCUGCAUCUGCCCAAGAAUUCGCACAAUCUGCAGGGCCUCACCGUCAAGGAACGUGUCCAGCGACUUGACAUAAUCGGUGCCCUCCUCUUCUUGCCGGCCAUCGUCUCCCUCCUGCUCGCCCUGCAGUGGGGCGGCAACAAGUACAAGUGGAACGCUCCCACGACCGUUGGCCUGUUCGUCUGCUUCGCCGGCCUGCUCCUUCUCUUUGGCGUCGUUCAGCUGCGCAAGGGUCCCAACGGCACUCUGCCCCCUUGGCUUUUCCGAAACCGCAAUGUCGUCUGCGCCAUGCUCUUUGCUUUUUGUUUUGGCGGGGCCUUCUUCCCGCUCAUCUACUACCUCAGUCUGUACUUCCAAGCCGUGCAGGGCGUGUCGGCUGUCCAGGCCGGCAUCAAGAUUCUCCCACUGCUCCUCUCGGUUGUCCUGUCUUCCAUUGUCAGCGGCGCUCUCAUCUCCUGGCUUGGCUACUACAGCGCCGUCACGCUCCCCUGCCUCGCCCUCUUCAUCGCCGGCGCCGGCGCACUGACGACUCUCGACGUCGGCACUGGCCUGCCCAAGUGGUUUGGUUUCCAGGUUCUCGCCGGCCUCGGCGUCGGUCCAGGCUUCCAACUCGGUGUCCUUGUGGUGCAGACCGUGCUCAAGCUCGAAGAUGUGCCAGUAGCCACGGCGUGCGUGCAGUUCUUCCAGGCCCUCGGCGGCGCUGUCAUGAUCGCCGUCGCUCAGUCACUGUUCCAGACGGGGCUCAUGGACGGCGUCCGUAAGAAUGUGCCGGGCAUCGAGCCGCGCAUCUUCAUCAACUCUGGAGCUGACCAGGUGCGGGAGCUUCUCGAGAACUUGGCAAGGGAGGAUGCGCUGGGUGACGUUCUCGAUGCGUACAUGGUCGGACUGCAGGAUACGUUCUACGUUACUCUCGCGUGUGCGGCUGUUGCGUUUGUGGCGUGCGCUGGUCUGGAGUGGAAGAGCGUCAAGAAGGAUGGAAAGGGGGCAGCCGUUGUGGCCGCCGUCUAG